AUGGCACCUGGUCUGCCCAGAACGCUCCCGGAGCCUCUAUGGAACGUGCGGGCAUCCUGGGCAUCCUCGAAACCGUACCAGGUCAUGCGAGAUGGUCUGGCGGACGCGAAUCACCUCUUGCUCGGCUCCAGAAGAGGCAUGGGAAAGCGCACCGCCUUCAGUGCUGACCACAAGUUGCGGCCGGACGAAGAAGUACCAGCAGCAGAAGCCACGACGCCGCUGAACGACCACAAACCAGGGCUGCCGGCGUAUCAGUAUGCCGCUCUCACUGAUACUGAUAGCAUCAGGCUGGUACGCCUGGCGCCACGGGGCAGUGAUGAUCCCGUCACAUUUGAGAUCGUGCCCUGUACUCUGCGUGCUGAUACCUCUUUCAAAGCUCUAUCAUACACGUGGCGCCCCGACAAGCCUCAUCAUACUGUAGACUGUGGCAGAUCGACAUUGGAGAUUGGCCACAAUCUAUGGUCUGCGCUGCGACAUAUCCGCGAUGAAAGCUUGGAGCAGCAUGUUUGGAUCGAUGCUAUAUGCAUCGAUCAGUCUAACAACAGCGAGCGUGCGCAACAGGUGCAGAUGAUGCGGCAAAUUUACGAAGCUGCAGAGGAGACUAUCGUCUGGCUCGGGAUGGCGCAGGUGGAAUCAGAUGCUGCGCAGGUAUUUGAGCUACUGGAGAAGCUGUCAAAGGCUCAACAAGAUGACCAUCCCAGCGCUCGCCAGUUCCCGAUGACAGGAAGUCACCUUGAGACACGAAACUUACCUGGCAUGGAAGACAGUGUGUGGAAGUUGCUGGAUGAUCUAUUCUGGAAGCAUUGGUUCACUCGAGCAUGGAUAAUUCAAGAAGUGGCAGUGUCGCGGACCUCGAUCGUGCGCUACGGUGACCAAGCGAUCGACUGGCCAUCAUUUGCCCGCGCGGCAGACUACAUCAUGCAACACUCUCUUACUCGAAUUACCGGUGUUGAUCCCAACCGAACUAUGCUACUGGAAAGUUAUCGACGUGGCGUGCACGCUGAGACCACUGAUCCCAUCACCUUGCUUCGGCUACUAUGUCAAGCACGAAGCAGCUAUGCCACUGAUGCGAGAGAUAAGAUCUUCGCGCUGGCUGGACUUGCAGCAGAUGCUAGCAAGAUUGGCCUAAUUCUUAGCUACAAUCUCGAUGUUGGGACGAUAUACACAGACCUCGCAAAGCGAAUGAUAACAGGCCACGAUGGGCUCGACCUUCUCACCGCAUGUCAGGACGACGCCUUGGGUGACACUCGUGGCUUACCUUCGUGGGUUCCAGACUGGGAGAUCCAUCCGUGGGCAACCCCGUUCAUGCUUCUUAACCAAUGGGAAAGACGGCAGCCCAUACUGCCAGGCGCCACAACAGAUGAAUGCUUUGUCAGCGAUGACCCGCAUGCAUUGACGGUCUCUGGUGUUGUCUACGAUGUUGUCGACCAUACUUCUGACACAUGCCUGGAUCACUUCAAGCUAGCCGGCGGCGUGAAUGCUGCAGAUCAUGCACGAUUUGCCGAAGGUCGGAUGCUCCAUGCCACGAAGGACCUCGUGUCCACAACUAUGGAGUUCUUCUAG